GAAGACAGGAGGAAGAUUGCACGAAUGUGUGUGAAUGUGCACAUAUACAGAUGACAUUAUCAGCCCAAAGUGUGCUCUGGGUGUUGUGGGACUCUAUCAGGCCAUGUUGUGUUUUCACUCUGCCUUCUCUGUUCUGAUGGAACUCUUUAAGCUGCUCAAGCAAGUGGCUGUUCCUGACAGCUGACCCAUCUUUUCCUGCUUCCUCUUGCAUUCCAUCUGCUAUGUUGUGCACAGAUAAAUUUAUUUCCAGGACUCAAAAUUGGUUAUCAAAAUGUCAGCUGCACAUUUUUAGGCUAAGUAUUUGUCAGAGUAGCUUCAACACCAGUUUCCUAGUGUUUUAAUUCAGCCACAUGCUUCUCAUGCCAUGGCUAUUUCUUGUUUUGAAACUGAGCAUCCUGAUAGCUCUGAUGUACAGCUCUGUACUUCUGUAGGCUGUCAUGGCUCUGUGGUUCUGUUGGGAUUUGUAUUUGCUUGCCUGUCACCAGGGAGAUAAUGUGACACUGUUUUAUAAACAAGUGUCUACCUCUGAAAUUUCUCAUUUUCAGAAAGAAAAAUACAUUAGCAGUGAAAUGCUCUAUAUUUGUUUGUUCCUCUGUUAAAUGACGUUGUCUAAGGUGACAAGCUUUCAUCAAAAAUUGCAAAAAUAAAAUAUUCUCUUCUUGAAGAAGGAAGAUGACAGGUUCUAGAUUCAACACCUUAAAUACUCUUCUUAUUUAAUUUAAACCUAGGUUAUAAACUACUGAAUUGUUCCAUUAUGACGUGCCUUGAGGAUCAAAGUAACAUGUUUGGGGAGUUUGUGUUUUGAUAGAACUCAAGGGAAUGUGAGCUGAAAGAUUUAAAGGGUCUGUGGGUGCUGGAGAAAUCUUCCUUGCUCUAUGAAUAUAAAAGAAGCAAGAUUUGAUAACUUUUUUUUUUUUUUUUUCAUUUUUGGGAAGCUUUUUGGUUAGAUAGGAAACAGAGAAGUGGAAUCUAAAAUUAACGAUAGCUCCGUAAGUACUUUAUUUUAACAGACUUCAAAAUUAAUUUACUCUUAAAAAUUUUGGAAUAUUUCUUCCUCUUAGCCUGUAUUUCUUUCCUGUGUUGUGUCUAAGCAGUCUGUCAUUCAUAAAAUAGCAAAUCUAACUGGUCUCUCUGUUCUUUUCCAAAUAUGGAAUGCAAAAAGUGAUUUGCUUGCUGAAGCACAACUCUCAGUGACACCAUCAGUGACUAAUCUUUAAUUUAUGAACUCUUCAGUGUGGUUACAUGAGUUAGGGCCCAGGGGAUCAAGGCCAGCUAAUAUGUGACUCUAACACUCCUUGACAAAUCCAGUGUUUUGCUUAAGAAAAUGUCCUUGGUGAAAAAUCGAAGGAAAUCAGAAUAGUUCCAUUGAUUUCAGCAAUCUAGCAGAAGGGGUAAUCAAGAAAUAUUUUAAAUUAUUACAUUCUAAUUAUCUCUUUUCACUUUCUUUGUAAUUUAAAUAAUAGCUUUUAAAAAAUAAAAUACAGGAGUUUAAGUAUUAUAAUUAUUUCUCAGUUUUUCUGGUAGCUGUUGAGAAAAGAGAAAGGAAGGAAGAGCACAAGACAUGAGAGGGUGCACGUGGGGGUGAGAAGUGUCAGGCAGGAAAUGCCAUCUUCCUGCCACGUGACAGUGUGCUCUGGUGUAGCUCUCAACAUGAGCAUCUUCCUUGGCCACGAGCAGGAGGCCAACAGGAGAGCAAGUUAAAUUGAAUUAUUCACUCAAUGUAUCAAAUCUUUCCCCAUCUGCAGUAUUGGCCACAUCUUUCUGAAACAGCAUCAUAAUUUGGGCCUAUUUUCUGAAGUAAGUUAUAAGCUUAAUAAAUAUGAAUUUAAUUGGAAAGGAAAAGUGUAGUUCAAGAAGCUUGCCAACAACCAGGGAAGAUGUAAAAUGCAUAAAUCAGUACAUGAGUCUUUGCUUGAGAACUGGAAUUUCAAGUCAUCAGGUCAAAGCUUUUGGCCUUAUGUCAGUUUAACUAAAGCAGGACUUAGCUCUGCAGAGCUGAAGGCCUUUCUCUGUGGGAUCUGAUAAUAUUUCCUAGCAGACUUGACAAAUUUGCAAACAGAAAUGAAUAGUUUGCACUGCGUUAAUUUACACUUGUACUUAUUUCUACUGAAUUCAUUCCACAAAUACUCCAGGAGAAAUGCAAGGACAAAAGAAUUUCAGAAGUGUCCGAGGUUGCUGAUAAAGGAUGUUUAAAGACAAAUUAAUUCUCAAAGAGCUGGAAAUUAUCUGCUUUAGGAUAAUAAGUAUCUGCUGGAUUGAUAGGCUGUGAUUUCACACUUAAAAUACUCCAACAGAGUGAAUGAAGACAACUAAACUUUGGCAGGACUGUGCAAAGUUUUUGCUGCUCUUUCAGAUCCCACAAUUCAGUUCAGAUAUGGUCUUAUCUGAUCCAUGGCCUUAGUCUAAUCUUAGCCUUAACUUAUAGAAUUUAUCAUACUGUAUUUUGUCAUCUCUAUUGGAUUACACUCUCUACCCUUGGAAAAAUUGCUCACCAAGUGAAGCACAUGUCCCAGGAAGGAAACAUCACAAUUGCAGCUUCAACCUAUUUGGUUGUAUUUGGCUUAAAUAAUUUAAAAAUCAUGUCAGUGCUGAAGGGGAGAGUUCUCUACCUCCUGUCCCUGACAAGAUUCUCAUCUACCUCGUUGUACCAGGUAGAGCUUGUGUAAGGUGGUGUAAUCAGUCAAAUCAGUAUGAAUUUGGCUGACAAUGUCUCUUUUUUAAAUUAGUAUUUAUUUUUGCUGAUUUAGUGAGCUGAUUUAGCUCAUACAUAUGGCCUCAUAAUUGCCAAAACAUUGUCGGGGGACUGUGGUAGGAAAACUCUGCUGUUUGUGGUGGCUGCAAAUUCAGCCCUAAUGAUUUGCUAGAUACCUCACAGCAAGACAGAGCUAACAGUGGAUCCAGGCACAUAUGCUUUGUGAAAAAACAAACAGGAACACUGUAAAUAUGGAAAAUGUUCUUGUUCACAGAUCACACCAUCCAGUCUGUUUUCUGCUGCUGCUGCACAGUGCAAGAAAGAGAAAUGAGAACAAAAGUGAACCUGGACCCUGAUGCUGUGCUGGUGACCCAGUACUCUGCCUCACAACCAGAUGUUUCCUAUGAAUCUAUUUGGAAGUGCAAGCGCAAGAGACAAUUGCAAUUUAAGAACAAGCCAUUACCUCCUCUGCCUGCUGAGGCCUUUGAAGACUACACCAAGAAACCCAGAGUUACUGCACUCUAUGACUUCUUUGCUAGAGGCCCUUUAGAUUUACCUCUCAAGAGGUCAGAAGAAUACAUCAUCCUUGAACAGUAUGAUCCCCUCUGGUGGAAGGCAAGAGACCGACAUGGGAAUGAAGGUCUAAUUCCCAGCAGCUAUGUUACUGAAAACAAGAAAAGCAAUUUAGAAAAAUAUAAGUGGUACUGCAGAAACAUAAACAGAAGCCAGGCAGAAUUUCUUUUGCACCAGAAGCCCAAAGAAGGUGCAUUUGUUGUCAGAGAUUCAAGCCGACAGGGUCUUCUUACGCUGUCCAUGUAUUCACGGGCUAAAGGAAGUCAUAAUGGAGAUGUUCUACAUUAUCAAAUUAAACAAAACCACUUGGGACAAUAUUAUGUAGCAGAAAACUAUCUCUUUUCAUCUGUUCCUGAACUCAUCGAGUAUCAUCAACACAAUGCUGCAGGUCUUAUCACACGUCUCCGACAUCCAGUUGGAUCAGAUGGAUGUACUUCACCAGAAACUGCAAGACUGAGUUAUGAAGAGUGGAGAUUAAACCCAUCUGAACUGCUGUUCCUGAAAGAACUUGGGCGUGGGCAAUUUGGAGUUGUUUAUCUUGGUAAAUGGAAAGAGACUAUCAAGGUUGCCAUCAAAACAAUCAAUGAAGGUGCAAUGUCUGAAGAUGAUUUUAUGGAGGAGGCCAAACUGAUGAUGAAACUCUCCCACCCAAAGCUGGUCCAGCUUUACGGGGUGUGCACACACCACAAGCCUCUCUACGUAGUGACUGAAUUUAUGGAAAACGGUUGCCUGCUCAACUACCUGCGGCAAAGGCGGGGGAAGCUCGGCCGAGACGUUCUCCUGAGGAUGUGCCAGGAUGUUUGUGAAGGGAUGGAAUAUCUGGAAAGAAAUAGCUUUAUUCACCGUGAUUUAGCUGCAAGAAACUGUUUAGUCAACUCGGAGCAUGUUGUUAAAGUGUCUGACUUUGGCAUGGCAAGGUAUGUCAUUGAUGAUGAAUAUAUCAGCUCUUCAGGUGCCAAGUUUCCAGUCAAAUGGUCAUCUCCUGAAGUCUUUCAUUUCAAAAAAUAUAGCAGCAAAUCAGAUGUCUGGUCAUUUGGUGUACUGAUGUGGGAAGUUUUCACAGAAGGCAGAAUGCCUUUUGAAACCAAGUCAAAUUGUGAAGUUGUCCGUGAGAUUUCUCAGGGUACCCGACUUUAUCGACCGCGUUUGGCAUCACAUCCUGUGUACAAAGUCAUGUACAGCUGCUGGCACGAGAAACCUGAAGGACGUCCUACUUUUGCAGAGUUAACAGUGACCCUCACAGAUCUAACAGAGAUGACAUAAUCACAGAUUUUGUACCAAUAUAUUUACUGAAAGGUUAGCAUUAAGCUUGCCACUAAUGUAGAUGGUACAGAAAACCUUUUACAGAGGUCUCUACCUAAAUCACAGUACCAGCAUCCUACAUAUUGAAGCAGCUGCUUGGUCUUGGCCCAGUUUUUACUUAUUGGUGAAAGAUACUCCAGGAGACUGAUUUGGGACUCUCAAGGCUUUGUUUUCAUGGUUAGGGAGAAAAAUCUCCUGUCUGAAAAGCAGUAACCAAGCCUACUCACCUUGUAGAUAAUUUUAUUUAUUCUUUUGUUCAGAGCUACACUAAUUCUUGCAUCAAUAUUAUUACAUUAUUUGUACUUACUGUGACUCGUGCACUGGGGAAUACUGGUUGGCAGCAGCAAAAAUGAUGGAAGAACCUCUGGUAAAGCUCUGGCUAGGUCACUUUUAAAGGCAAGUCCUUGUGCACUGCAAAGUAUCCAGCCCUGGAGGACCAGAGCAGUGUUUCCAAGGGACAGCAAGCUAAGUGACUGCCUGCUGGAGCACCGGAUCAAAGGCAGGCAGAGGGAGCAAAGGCAGCAGUCCUCAGCAGCUCCCUAGUCACAUCUGAGUGACUGGAAAGACUGAGCACCUCUGAAGCCAUUUUAAACUUGCAUUGCAGGUCAAGGUGUCUUCAAUUCCAAUUCUGAAUAACAGAAGGGGAUCAAGGAUUGUUUUAUUCCAACCUCCCCCACAAUUUCCCAGUGUUGUCUCCCAUUCCCCUGCUCUUGCCUACUCAAAUGCCCACAAGUGCCUUAGUCCUCCCUUUGCAAAUACCCAGAAUGCUUAAUGGGCAAGUUAAAACUGGAACCUGACUGGAUCCUAUGAUACCUUACAUGGGCAUGUCUGUACCCCUACUUCUUAUGUUAUUAUUCACUAUUAAUUUUAAGUCUUAACUAUAGUCAAUACAAAUAUGUUGUAGAGAAGGAAAGUCUGAUGGAAUUCAUAGUUAUUUAAAACAAAAUAGUGAGACCAUUACAAUAUGUAAUUGCAUUGUGAAUAUGUGAUUGCACUGUGAAUUAUUUAUGGGUGUAUACAUGACAAUAUUUAUAUUUUUAGGGCUUUGUAGACAAAAUAUGUAAAACACACUAGAUAAAGAAUGAUUGAGUUCAAUUUAAUUUUUGUCACAAAUUGAGUCACGGUUUAAAUUUUAUUUCCAAAUUUAUAAACUAACUGUAACAAUAACAUUUAAUAUAGCAAACCCCACAAUGUUUUGAAUUUCCAAAAGAUGACGGCAUCUCAUAAUCAAAUAUAGUCCAAGCAAUAAUCAGUCACCUGUACUGCAAUAGUAUUUUGAUCAUUAUCAACCCUUGGGAAAGGAUAUUGUUAGUCCCAUUGUUUGAACAUUUGGGAGCACACUUCUAAGGCAUUUCUUCAUCAAGUAAAGCAUGGUAGUCUCAUUAAUUCAUGCAAUUUUCCAGAAGAAUUGCCACCAACUGAUGCCACUGUUUACUUUCAUAAUCAGUUUAUUUAUGAGUAUUCAAACCUUUAUCAGAAUUAUGACUGAAUGCAGAUCUAUAACUUUUGUUAACUGGAUUUAACUCCACCUGGCAACAGUACCAUGCAGCUGCUUAUGCACUGACUCUGCCCUGGUAGGGUAGAGAAUCAGAAGGUAAAACCUGUGGGUUGGGAUAAGAACAGGUAAAUAAGUGAAACAAAUGUAACAAAACGAUAGUGAUUAAAAGGGGAAAGAGAGAGGGAUAAAACCCAAGGGAAACAAGUGAUGCACAGUACCAGUGCUCACCACUUUCUGGCUGAUGCCCAGCCCAUCCACAGGCAAUAACCAGCAGUCCCCAGCCAACUUCCCUCCCCACAGUUUAUACACUGAUCAUGAUAUCCUCUAGUAUGAAAUAUCCCCUUGGCCAGUUCAGGUCAGCUGUCCUGGCUCUGCUCCCUCUCAGCAAAAAUUGAGACAAUGACACAAUGCACACAUGGAGCUCACCACAGCCUAUGCUCAGGCCACAGAAGUACAAAGCUUUUCAGCAGAUGAUGCACUACAAAUGUGAAAUUCAAACUCUCUGUGUGGGGACUUUGAAUAAUAUAUGAGGCAUCUUUUUUAACAGCCCUUGUAGAACUGGUUUUGCCAUAUUACUGCAAGUUAAUAUGUAAUAGGCUAGAGCACCAUGCAGUAAAAAUCAGCUCCAUUAGGUUUAUGUACUGAAAACACCUUGCUCCUGCCUGUCUCACUGAGCUGUCCCAUGGUGAAUAUGCACCCAUCCUGGAAACAUGCUGGUCUAAUACCUGGAGCCAAUAAUGCUUGCCUACCAGGCUUCCACCUCCCAAUAUAAUCUUUCUGUAGGCUGCUUGGGGAAAAAUUUCAAGAAGCUGUUAUUAACAUUCUGACACAGAUAAAUUUAACAGCUGCUAUCCUCAAGCUGACAGUAAAUAAAUGAAAAAGCACUAGAACUUGCUUUAGAGUCAGUGAAACUGGUGCUUAAUUGGCAGCAAGAAAUGGUCUGCAGUACAAAGGUCAGGUAUCUAUAGUGUAUUUAUUUAGCAGAACAACUACACCCUUAAAUAAAGACUGAGUAGGCCACCUUAGACCUCAUGGUGACUGUGAGCUUAUUUCAAAUUCCAGCCAUGUUCUAACAGACAAAAAUGGAUAAAUAGUGAGUGACAUCCUUGUCACUGACCAUAAAGUGAUGUCUAUUUGCUGUUUUUUUAAACCUCCAUGUGACAAAAAUGAGAUCUGGAAAAAGCAGUAAAGGAGACACCACCAUAGAGGGAAGCUUCCAUCAAAGGCAGUAGGAGUGUUCAGCAUCUGUAAAAAUUUAGCUACUGUUUCCUGAUCAAACAUCAGAAAGCUUAGAACAAGUCUGUAUUAUGGAUGGGAGGAAAAAAGGCAGAACUGCAAGCUUUUGUGAGCCAGACACUUAGGAUACAUCUCUUUUCGAUAAAAAAUAUUCAUUUUUUGACAAAAUGGAAUUUAUUUUCAGAAAGUGAAAUGUAUUCACUUGUCAAAAGUAGUCCUGAGAAGCAAUGCAGACCAAUUACUAGUGUGUACAGGUCUGGUGACACUUGUUUUCAGUGCCAUUUGUUUUUCAGACUAGUUCCUGCCUCCUCCCCCUCUCCCCCCAGAUUUCACAGAGGGAGGCCCUAGAGGCACACCAAAGCAUCACCAUCCCUCCUCCCUUCUGUCUGACUCCUGCUCUGCCUCCCAGCCAUGUUCUGAACCAUGGCACCACUCUAAAACCUGCCCAAAAGGAGUCAGCCUCUGCAAACCUGCCCUGCUGGAAGGAUAUUUUCUAGUAUGCUCACCAGUUUUAUUUUGCUGGGAUCUAAAGAGCGGGAGAACAGCAUUUCCUAGAAGUAUUCAAUUCCCCAUAUGGCUCCAGGGUGCAACCCUGAUGAGUAGAGUUUAAAGUUUUGAAUAUGUACUCUUUGGCAUGAAGAUUUUUUUAUAGUAUAGUUCUUUCAACUGUGGCUGGAAAAUGAAGAUGAUAGAACAGAUUUCUGUAGAAACUAAUAACUGAUGUAUUUCCUUCCAAAACCGUGCAAAUUUUUUAACAUGUUCAAGUCUUCUUAACCUACCUACAUUUAGCUGCUGCAGUUACAUAAUGAACUUAAUUGCCCAUUAAUUUGUCCUGAGGUAUGGUAAUAAUGAGUAGCUGCCAAGAUUUGUUUAGUAUCAGCAUUUAAAAGCUGUAAUUUGGUUAGCAAUGUAUUGCCUCUGAGGAUUGCUUUGUUCUUCUUAACCACUCGUCCUACAUACCAAAACACAUCUAAUUACUCUAUGUUAUGUCCUUCAUUUCACUGCCUGGAAAACCUGACAGCUCACUGAAACACUCUCCAUUGAGACUGGCUGUGAGACAGACAUGCCUCAUACAUCAGCUCUGGGUCUUCUUCUCUAGUUUAGAAAUAUGAGUGACACUCAUUUUUUAGCUCUUGUUUAAAAAGCACAGAUAAUUUAGUACAUAACCAUGAAUAAUUUAUUACAAGACAAAUAUUAGCAGAAUUUCAAUUAAAAAAUCAAAGUUAUUCCAAACUAGUAACUAAAUAUAAACAUUUAAAAAAAUAGCAUCUCUUACAACAAAAGUUUUUAUACAAAAAAUAAUCACUAAUUCAUUUCCAACAUGAUGCACUUCUUGUACCCAAUGAAAACAACCAUUAACUUUGUUUUUUUGAAAAAAUAACAUUGUUAGAAAAAAUAUUAUUUUAUUGUUAGUUGCUAUUUGUGUAUAAUAGCAGAUAUGCAUGUCCAGUAGAAAAUACAGAAAUUUUGCUUGGUGUAAGUUAA